GUGUAUUUUUUUCCCGUACAGGCCCCGCGCGUUAUCACAAAUUUCGGUGCGUACGAUCGUGUAAAAUAGGAAAAUUCGCGUUGUCCGAUCGAUUACCGUGCGGCUCGAUCGAACCUCGUUUCCGCGUUCCCACUCGCAGAACGAUGCGUUAAUUCUGAGUGCCCCGCGGUGUGUAGUGUUUGUGUGUGUUGUGAAAAGUGUGUUUUCUUCUCCACCCCCUCCGUUGCUUCUUCCUCCUCGGUUUGUGUUUGCCAUCGUCGCGCUUGGUAAACAGGAACAUGAUCCUCGAAAGCGGCGAAUUCAGCGUUUCUACGCAAGAAUUGCAAGCCCUUGCUUCGCUCGAUAGCCGCCAGUAUGGGUUUCUGAAGCUCUCAGCACCGGAAAACUUGAAGAAGAAGGCACUGGUGUUGAAGGCGGUGAAAUACAUUGAGCGUAUGCUCAUCCAAGCUUACAACCAGAAAAAGGCCCAGGAAGAUGACGAGAACAAGCCGAAGGAGAAGCCAGCGGACGAGGCCGGUCUGGCGGAGGGCGUUAAAAUAAAGCAGGAAGCUAAAAACCCACUCUGCGAUGUCGGGGUGACUAUCGACGAAAGUCUACCGGCAGAGAUCAUGUCUACCGAGGGCAGUGCGGAGACCAAACAGUGCUCCACCGUCGAGAAUGAGAUUAAAACGGAGGCUGAUGACAGUGUGGCGAUGAUGCAGGAUGGUACGGAACGGGAAGGUGCGGCGGAAGCAGAAAAUCGUACCGGUGACGAUAGCGACAAGGAUAUUAGCAUCGACCCGAAAACGUACUGCAAGCUUGGCCACUUCCAUCUGUUGCUUGAAGAUUACGAAAAAGCCUUAUCAGCGUACCAGAAGUAUUAUGCCCUGAAGCCGGAUCAUUGGAGGGAUGCACCGUUUCUGUACGGGUUAGGAUUGGUGUACUUCCACUACAAUGCCUUCAGAUGGGCGAUCAAAUCAUUCCAGAAGCUGCUGUACGUCUGUCCAGACUUUGUGCGUGCCAAUGAAGUACACCUGCGGCUCGGGCUUAUGCUCAAGGUGAAUGGAGAUUACGAGCAAUCGCUAAAGCACCUGCAACUAGCGCUAAACGAUUCGUCCACGUGUACCCUAGCGCAGCUUGAGAUCCGCUUCCACAUUGCCCAUCUGUAUGAGGUGCAGAACAAGUACAAGACAGCGAAGGAGGCAUACGAGCGGCUACUGGCAAACAAGCAGCUGACGGCGUCACUGAAGGCCGACAUCUACCGGCAGCUGGGAUGGAUGUACCACACCGUUGAUCUGCUCGGUGACAAGGUACAACGGGAGCGGUACGCUAUCCACUGUCUGCAGAAGUCGAUCGAGGCGGAACCACGCUCGGGCCAGACACUCUACCUCCUGGGUCGCUGCUUCGCCGGCAUCAACAAGGUGCACGACGCGUUCAUCGCCUACCGAAACUCGGUGGAGAAAAGCGAAGGCAACGCCGACACAUGGUGCUCCAUCGGAGUACUCUACCAGCAGCAGAACCAGCCUAUGGAUGCACUGCAGGCGUACAUAUGUGCCGUGCAGUUAGAUAAAUCUCAUUCAGCCGCCUGGACCAACCUGGGCAUACUGUACGAAAGCUGCAAUCAGCCACGGGACGCGUACGCCUGCUUCCGGAACGCCACCAUCAACCAGGACCAACAGAAGGAUCGUACCGUGAGUGCGUGCGAGAAGUCCACGGUACCUGCCACCACUGCCACCGGUGGUGCUACGAAAGCAAACGCCAGCAACACUGCCACCGGUACCACCACUACUGGUUCGGGAGGUACUCCCGCAGCAACAUCAGCAGUAGCAGCAGCAGCAAACUCAUCAUCAACAGCUGGUGCUGCGCUUGAUACGAGCGGUAGUAAUAGUAUUGCUGCCACCACUCCAACGGGAGGAGCCUCGGGUUCACUGCUUACCGUGCUGGGUGAUUUAAGCAGCAGCGGCAACAAUAACGGUGCCAACGGCAGCAGAUCGCAAAGCCUUACGCAGCGUAUCAAAUUCCUGCAGCAGCAUCUCGGUAACGCUCCUAUGCCGAGCAUAACGUCCAAACGGCGGCAGUUACCGUCUAUUGAGGAGGCCUGGAAUCUGCCCAUUUCCAAUGAGAUGAGUUCGCGACAGCAACAGACGGCACAGGCACAGGCACGCCAAUUCCAGAAAGGAUACGGACAGGGUGCACAAUACCAUCCAGGGCAGCAGCAGGUGGGAAGCAACAAUGGUCUUCCGAACAAGCGCUUCAAGCAGGAAGAUGGCCGACCAGGGGCGGCUGGUGGAGCGGUGGCAGGGCAACCGGUGCCACCGUUCUACCUUAACCAGCAGCAGCUGCUCCAGCUGCAAUACCUUCAGAACCAGAGCAACCUGACCAGCCAGCAGCAAGCGAUGCUGCAAACACUGACCAACCAGUACCGGUUGAUGCAGCAACACCAACUGCGCCUUCAGCAGCAGCAACGGAACCAACAGCUGCAACAACAGUCCUCGUUCCCGGGAGGACAACAGCAGCAACAACAACACCCACCGCAAGGUGGCGGAGCGGGUGGGUUUGUGGUGGCUGCGGGGAACAAAACACCCCAGUCCGGUAUCGUACCGCAGACGGCGACUGGGUUCGUGAAUGAUGGUCACUUCUCGCCUGCCACCGGACAAUCGCAGCAGACUGCCGGCAUGCCGUACAAGUCGGCCGGUGGCACGUAUGCACCGUCCGGGUUCCCGGUCCCGAGCAGUCAACCAGCGGGUGGGUUCACGCAGAUCACCUCCACCUCAAACCAUCAGUCCGAUAUAGACAUACAAGCUAUACUGGACGAUAAGGCAACGUUCGCAGAAUCGUUGCUGAAACAGCUUAGCUCCACCACGACGGACAGUAAGGAUGCAUCGCUAACGGCGGAAUCUACCACUGGAAUGGUGGCACCUAACAGCAGCAGUACGAAAUCCCCUCCGAUAAAGGCGGAAGCCACCUCAACGACAACGGUUCCCGGUGGUGCCGCGAGCGUCAAACGGCAGCUGCUAACCACGAAGCAGCAGCAGCAGGACCACAUCAAGCUGGAACCGGUCGUAAAGAUUGAGAAGCUACCUUCGCCCUCAUCGAUCAUGGAUGCAUUCGCUGGUACAGUGGGCAGCGAUUUUAAGAUCUCGAUGUCCUCGAAAGACAUCCAGCAGCUGGUGCGAAGGCAGCGGAACGCCGGCGAGCUGAAAGAUGUGCCGGCCGUGUGUUCUGUCCUGGCAGCGGAUGCACCACCGCCGUGCCCGCCCGAUUGUCCACCGACCCGGUUAACGCGCGAACAGCUGCAACCUCCAACGCCGUCCGUUUUUCUCGAGAACAAAAAGGACGCCUUCAGUCCGCAGCUGCAAGAGUUCUGUCUGAAGCAUCCGAUCGCCGUGGUGCGGCAGCUCGGUGCGGCCCUCAAGCUUGAUCUAGGGCUGUUUUCGACCAAGACGCUGGUGGAGGCGAAUCCCGACCACACGGUAGAGGUCCGGACGCAGGUGCACCAAUCGCCGGACGAGAACUGGGAUGGGAACAAGAACUCGAAGGUGUGGGCCUGCAUCUCGCACCGUUCGCACACCACGAUCGCCAAGUACGCGCAGUACCAGGCGUCCAGCUUUUCCGACAAGAUUAAGGAGGAACGUGAUAAGCUGGCUGGAAUUUCGACCGCAUCCACCAAUUCCGAUUCCGAUUCGAAGGACUCCGUCUCGAACAGCAGCAGUGCCUGCGGUACAGCUGGAACCGGGGGCGGCGGCGGUGGUGGAGGUGGUGGUGGUGGAAAUAGUUCCGCUACCGGAAAUGGCAAACGGAAGAAGUGCAAAAAUGGCAACAAGAUGUUACGCUUCGGCACGAACGUCGAUCUUUCGGACGAGCGCAAGUGGAAGGCACAGCUGCAGGAGCUGCAAAAGCUGCCACCGUUUGCGCGUGUCGUGUCGGCCGCCAACAUGCUGUCGCACGUCGGCCACAUGAUUCUGGGCAUGAAUACGGUGCAGCUGUACAUGAAGGUGCCGGGAAGCCGGACGCCUGGCCAUCAGGAGAAUAACAAUUUCUGCUCGAUCAACAUUAACAUUGGGCCGGGCGAUUGCGAGUGGUUUGCGACGCCCGAUUCGUACUGGGGCGGCAUACAGGCGCUGUGCGAGAAGAACAACAUCAACUACCUGCACGGUUCGUGGUGGCCGGCGCUGGAGGACCUGUACGCGGAGAACAUCCCGGUGUAUCGGUUCACGCAGCGGCCGGGUGAUCUGGUAUGGGUGAAUGCAGGUUGCGUGCAUUGGGUGCAAGCCAUCGGGUGGUGUAAUAAUAUUGCCUGGAACGUGGGACCCCUGACGGCGCGACAGUAUCAGCUGGCCGUGGAGCGGUACGAGUGGAACAAGCUCGAAAGCUACAAGAGCAUCGUCCCGAUGGUUCACCUGAGCUGGAAUCUCGCCCGUAACAUCAAGGUGUCCGACACGAAGCUGUUCGAAUCAAUUAAAACCUGCCUCAUGCAAACGAUGAAACACUGUAUGCAGGUGUUGGAGUAUGUGAAGUCUCUCAACAUAGAAGUUCGGUUUCAUGGUCGUGGUAAAAAUGAAGCUUCACACUACUGCGGGCAAUGCGAGGUGGAAGUGUUCAAUGUUCUGUUCAUUCGCGAGCAGGAAAAGCGUCACAUCGUACACUGUAUGGGCUGUGCGCGUAAGCAAUCGCCUGGCCUGCAAGGGUUCGUGUGUCUCGAAGAGUACACGCUCGACGAGCUGAUGCAGGUGUACGAUGCGUUUGUGUUGCACACACCACCACCACCACUGCCACCGAUUGCUGCUGCGCCCGCAGUACCAGCGCAAUCUCCGCAACAUCAGCAGCCCGCAGCAUCGUCUCCGGCCGGUGGUUCGGCAAUAAAUGUAAGCUCCUCAACUGCCAGUUCUACUGCCGCCGUCACCGCCGCAUCGUGUUCAUCGUCGUCUGCAACGGCCGGCAGCGGCACCAGCAGUGGCUCGGUGCCGGUGUCUUCGGUGGCCUCGUAAGACCGACCUCUCCACAAUUACACACAUGCUCGGCACCAUCUGCUCUCGGACAAUUUUCGGCCCCACCAAAUCCAUAUGGCGCUCGCUCCCGUGUCUACACACCUUCCAUAGAACGUCCGUCUAUGGGGGUGAGGGGGGAACCAGGCGCGGCGAGAGUGCGCUUGUAACACGCGAUUGUAACAUUGUUUUAUUCGGUAAGUUUAGUUUUAAUUUAGUUCAAAUGUACGCAAAUUGUGUAUCCCCUGCAUAUAUAUUAUAUAUAUAGAGAAGAGAGAGAGAGAGCGCACGAACGGUUUUGUGAAAAGAGUAUAUAGAAUUCAGCAAUAGGAGAAUAAUAAGAAGGUUUUAGGCUAGAGAGAAGUAGCGGCCGUUUUAUAAGGCAGGAAAAUCACACUACUACCAGUAAAGGUAAACUACGUCUGGAAUGCUAAUAGGGAGAGCACGGCGGUAUGUGCGGUUGUGUAUAUCUACAGGGUUAGAUUUUUCUGUUGUUUGAUUUUCGAACCUCUAAGACUUUUUAAAAAAAUAUUAUUGAAUUGCACAUUUUUGUACGCGCGCUUCGUUCGUAUGAGAGAGAGCUGCCCGGCUGAACUGCGUUGUGAGAUUUCAGCGUGUGGAAAAUCGUUUAAUGAAUACACUACGUUGAUGAAAAGCAAAUCGCAAAAAUACACUUGUUGGGUGAUUCAAGGACCCCCCCCCGCCCCCUACGUUGUGAUAUGAUUGUGUGUCGGUGUGUGUGUGUGUGCGCAAGAUAAUCCGUUAACUCCUUCCGGAUCUCACAUUCAGGACUCCUCGACACCUUUUCGCUUCUCGAUCGGGUACCGAUCGUUAUGCGUCGACACGCAAUUCACACGCACCUUACGCACACACAUACGCAUAAGCAGUUUCCCCCUGUUUUUUUUAAAUAAAAAGUGAUUGUACAUAAAACGAAGCGAAAUUGUCUCGUAUACCGUUUAGGUGAUAACAGUCUGUCGAAGGUGGAAACCACGCUGUUGUAUGUCUGUGCUGUGUGUCGUCGGGUGGGACAACCUCUCUGAUGCGCCACCAUCGGCCGGCAACACAGUGUACCUUAGCCUGUAAGCUGCUGUGUCUCUGUGGACAUGGAACGUAAGGAACACAUUCACUAAUCCUGUGAACCACCAAGGCAAUCUGUUGCGUGGUUGUUUAUAGGUGUACAGCCUUACACUGAAGCGUGCGGAGAUCCCUCUGCCAUUCCUGGGGGAUCGGCGAGAAGAAUAAAUCGGUCAUCGAGCUAGUCCUGUAAAGGCUGAUUUUACAGCCUGAUGAUCAAAAAAGGGGCUUGCUCAUAGACCGAGCUAUGAUCCCGGAGGAGCUCCGAGGUAGCGAGUGAUGUAAAUGGGUUACCGCUUAUCUUUGGAACCUCUAAGGCCACUCGAAUGAAAGGUGAUUCCAACUUCCUAGCAGUAUGUCACACACACACACACAUAUCCAUCACAGAAAGGGAUAACUUAAGCCAAAAUGCCUGCAUUGUUGAUGUCAAGGAAUAGAAGAAAAAAACGAAAGGACUUUUAUAUUCUUUGGUUUGUGCAUAAGUUUAUUUCAUUCAAACUGUAAAACCACCUUUUGUUUACACUCCCCACAUCUAAAUGGCAUAAUAUGUAAAAAAAAAGCUUUGUUUUAAACACUCAUCAGCGUACGGAUGUGGUCGCGAUGUUAGCGUUUAAGUAGUUAAUUUAUUUCAUCCCAAGUGUGUGUGUGUAUGUGUUAUAGUGGAAACCACCACCAUAUGGCAGAGAUUUCAUUAAACUGCCAUUUAACGUGUUUAACUUUUAACCGUGAUUUGUGUUCAAAUGUGUGCGUGUAACGGAUCGAUCCGAUUUUUGUAUUUGAGGUCAUCAGAUAGGUUCUUUGGAUUUCAUGAAACACACACACAGACACACAUAUCAGUUGCCUUCACGUGAUACGAUGAGUUACGAAAUGAUUUGUCUUAACCUGGUGUGUUUUGUCUGUUAGUAAAGCUUCCCACAAGUAAUAAAUUGUUCAGCUCAUAAGAGGAUAUUUUUUGAACAUCUUACGAAAUGUACAGAGGUUGUAAGACCACCUGCUGCUGGAAGAAAAAAAUCAAUAAAAUAACACAGCUCUAUUGUAACCACACUUGUUUCCCGUUUCUGGGUGAUGAACGCCUAAAAGUAUGCAAACAAAAAUGGAUGCAAUGGAGACUCACAUAACAAACACUUUGCUUUCCGAUAAGUCCGAGCAGUAAGAAAACAAAUUAUUUAAAGCCAAGAAGACAGCAAAACAAAUUAAACUCAGGAAAAGCAGCAACUUGUCGAUGAACCCCGGGAAAUGAAAGACAAGCUGUGUAGCGGGGUUUUUUCGCGAGCAUAUUUGCAUACCCAACCAUUACCGACUUCUAUUGAAUCUUUACCAUAGAUAGGAUAGGACGCGGGGACUUAGAGAACUACUAACUUGCACGACCAUGCAGAACACCUCCAAACAACCGACCUCUCUCACCAAAAAAGGCCGAGAGACCAAUAGGCGAAGAUAUAACCGUGAAUGAUGAUAUGUCGGUGGGAAAAAAGUGCGCAACUAAUAAGUUAACAUUUUUGAUAACUAACUUAUAUAGAGCCCCGGAAACAGCAACGUGUCGUCGUGGUGUGUGGUGUGUUGACACAGUUUUGGUCAAGCCCAGUAGUAUAGUUUUAGAGUUACGAAUUUUGAGGGACGUGUGCUGUACACAGAGCACACCACAGGAGGAAGAGUAGGAUAUUUUCAAGAUUCGCACUAUUUUGAAAGUAGCAGCAAGCAGGACUGUGAGUGCCUAACGAAUGUCCGGACCGGUACCAGACCAAUGUUUGAAAUUGAUUUGAUCUUGUGGUCCUCCAUACGCGAGCGGUUCUUGUGAGUACCCUCUGGUUUAUUGCUUUUCUACUUUUUUUUUUAUCUACUUCUUGUUGGACGGGUCUCUCGUUUCAGUAUGUCGUUUAUCCACGUGCUGUUGCCACAUCUCUUCUCUCGCUCUCUCACUCUCUGUCCUGUCCAACCCUGGGACCGGGAAUGUAUUAUAUUAGGCGGUAAGGGAAUUGCGUUUAAGUUGAGUAGUUGGUAGCGUUAUGUGUUAGAGAGCUGACCUUAGAUAUGAUCUCAACAAACGGCACGGGAAAAUCGGGAACAGCAGGCAACACCAAUCAUCAGUCCGUGUUGUCAGUCAGUCUGCAAUGUGACCCAAGACGUCUUUCAUGUAUAGUUUUAAUUGUUUCCUUGUUUGUGUCUUUCCGCCUCGAAAGCAUAUGGAAGCAGAAUUGCAACUUUGGGAAACUAUGAAAUCUGUUUGGUGCUUGAACUGCUUUUUUAGUUAGAAACAGGGAUCAGAACACAAGAGAACGUUGUAGUGAAGAAGUUGUCUUGGUUGGAAACAUCCAUUGGACCAUUGUACAUUGCUUAAAACUACGUGUGAAAAGAGCUAUAUUUUGUGCGGCACUCUCGAGCCAUUCUUUUGAGCCAUGGAGAGGUCCUCACAAAACUCCCCACCCCCCCCCCCCCCCCCCAUUUACGGUGUGCGAAAAGUUGGAAGACAGAAUUGGAGAACUUUUAUCGUUUUUUUUUGUGAGAACAUGUCGUUAAAAAAGAUAUACCAACAAACCAGGCGUAGUAGUCAUCAUAAUAAUGCCAGACACUUAAUCCGUAGAGCUUAUCGAUCGAUCCUACAGCUAAUUGCGACUACUUAUCUUGAGGAUCAGUUUUUCCUAGAUUAUUCCGAUCGUACAUAGAGUCGGGUCCGCAAGCGGAACACAGGGGAUGCUUUUGGAUAUUUACAUUCUUUUACUUCUAGCACUGAGGGAGGAUUGUCUUCCUCUUCAAACCUUCACCGGGCCAUGACAACUCAAAGCUUCAUUUGCGGAACGAGAUCAGCAGAGCUGCUCAUCAGAAGCCUGCAGUAGUGAGCGAUGUUAUAGUCGAGUUUCACUUGAGCUCUGAUACCACUCUCUGCAUGUUUCUACCAUUUUUUUUAUCUAUUUCCUAUAAAAACGUUUUAAGCACAUCAAGGAGAUCCGUUUUGCUGAGGACUCCCCCGAAAUAAACGAAGAAACAUACGAAUCGUAAAGAUGGAUGGAUUCGUUUCCAGCGUUUCCAGAAAUCGAUGAAGCACGAUGAAGCACUUCAUCAUCAUAUCCCUAUCAUCAUCAUCCCCCUUUUUCCAGCCUGCACAUCCGGCGCAGACUAGCCUUGAAGGACGAUGAAAUGCGAUGAACGAGCUGAUCUUCUUCGCAAAAACCGUCACAACACUUGGUAUCAUUUUAUGCCUUUGCCAACGGCAACUUUAUGCUGUGGACCUCUCCUUUUCCUUUACGGACACAAGAUGAUCAAAAUUAUGCUCAUAUCAUCAAACUAAAACAAACCUUAAAUUUCUCAUCUUCACAGACUUCUUCUCCAACUAGAAACAUUAGCCAUACUUGGGUUUACUUUAUACACGGGGAGAAAAGUAGGCGAGAAGAAUACCGAGCAAAGGAUGGAAGCGAACCAGAUAGGUCAAGUCACAUUUCAGGAAAGCCUUACCUUGAGUAGGACCCUGGGAAGAGCUAGGGAAGACAGACAAGCAGUCGUUUGAACUGAGCAGGGUGGCAGGCCUCUCGCUCUCAGUGCUGCUUGGGGAUAUGCGUGAACAGAUCUACUCCGUUGGUGCGACAAAAUGUUCUGCAAUUUAGUGGGAUUUACAAUUGGCCGCCGAAUUGGGUUUCCUCUUAAAACAUCUAAUUGACAACGGUUUCUUUUGUGUAUAAGUUAAAAAAAGAAUCAAAGUGUACAAAUUGAAAAUAUAAAAACAAAAAAACAUUUAAUAGAAUUCCGCAUAAAUUGCAAAAUAUAUAUGUAUAUGGAAUGAACCAGUAGAUCACUGCCAUUUUGUACCAGGACACGCGAACUAAUGUCACACAAAAGGGAGGGAUGAUCUCCUCUCUAGUGUGUAGACAAUAGUUCCCGUGUGUUUUUGGUCAAAAAGUAAUCAAUCGUGUAUGAAUGAGAUAAGGAGAGAGAGAGAUAGAGAGAGAGAGAGAGCGAGUGAGAGUGUGUGAACGAUAACGGAGGGAUUUGUACAGGAACGAGGAACCUGAUCAUCACACAGGACACACUAGAUUCAGCUAGUUUUACUUAUCUAUUGGAGUGAACGGGGUGGUCCAUCUUGAAUGAAUGUGGGUGCUUGAAUGAAGAUAUUAGAUUGCAGCGCGGGUUUAUUGAAUGAGUGUUUGUGUACAGAUAGGAUAUUGGUCUGGAAAGGAUUAGAAUAAGCGAGGAUAUAGGUUUGAGAAAGAGAGAUAGAGAGAGAGAGAGAGAGAGAGAGGGAGGGAGGGAGAGAAGGCAAGAGAAAGAGCACAAGAACCCAGGCAGGAAAGAGGAUUUGAAUUCUUUCCACGAAAUGUAUAAAGUAAACCAAUUUUAUUCGACAAUUUUCCCAAUUUUCCUUACACACACACUCACACUCGGACUUCACGGAUGUAGAAACAGAGUAAUACACCUCCUCAUCCACAGGAAUUGGCAAGGUUCACUUAUUCAUCACCACUCGCAGACACGCAUACUUUCGCUUUGUCAUCCAAUUGGCAACUCCAAUUAACUGCUCACUGUGUCGUCUCUGGUGGUGCCCUUUGACUUCUGGUCAAUGCGAAACCCCACCUAACUCGCAAAUAAUUUUAUUUGUUGCGCGUGAAGAAGAAGCAAAAAACUGGAAAAUGGUGCUAAAAGCAUUAAGCUCUCAUUAUAUCGCAUUCUUCUAUAUCAUCUGCAACGACAAAAAAAAAACAUUUAUAUGAAAAAUAAAAGUUAAUCGAAAAGAAAACAAUUCUGAAUAACAAUUCUGUCGAAACAACACUGUGUACUGAAAUACAUCCACAGUGUGUCUAUGGGUGCUCUUGAACGAGUCGGCAGUACUGCGGAACAGUAAAAGCAAAACAAAUAUGUCUUUCAAAAUGGAGAUAGAGAAAGAGAGAGAGAGCGAGAGAAAAAGCAGGUGGACAUUUUUUAAAACGAACAUCAUCGUAUUACAGAUCUCGCUAUUUUGUUUUUUGCCUGAGUUUCGAACUUAAGACCUCUUCUUCAACCCUUCAAAAAAAAAUGCACAUUAUUAUGAAAGUGAAAAAAAAUCACAAACGACUACCGGGUAGCCGUGAAAAUAUGAUAAAAAAACAAUAACAAAAAAUCAAUACCUCAAAAUGCCCAAAACGCGGAGGAAGUGUAUAACAGACAGACGCACUGCAGAAAUGGUCCCAUGCAUAAUAUGUUUAUCACACACCACAUUUCAGGAAGAAAGGUAAAAAAUACCGUACCGUAUAAGAGUAAAAUACUACCAGCGACGAACAUAUAAAAGUCAUAGCAUGACGUGAAUAAAACUUUAUUAAACUUUAUAUAUAUACAUACGUCAAAGGCAGUAAAUUAUACGAAACCACAGAAACUUCAGAAAGUUGUGAAAUUUUGCAAAUCAAUUAUCGGAAUAAGAGAUGCUUUCUUCAUCUUACCACUUAAACCACGUACGGCGUAGAGCGAAUGAAAAAUACGAAAAACCAAUAUUCGGAACCUACAACAUAUUGCAAUAAAAAUACGCGUAUGAUGCAUUACGAUUGGGUAUAUUAAACAUAAAUUGAGUGUCGUCAAAGAGGAAAGCAAAUGGCGGUUGGAAAUUUUAAAUGACACUUAACGAAGAAUGCUGCUCCGUUGUACGGAGCUUGAGCAAGAAGAGAUCAGAUGUUCUAAACCCAGCUACUAGUACAGACAAAACACACAUAUUAAGGCAAAACAUUUAGCAACAUUAAUCGUGGAUCGAUUAAAAAACAAAGUAACCUCAUCCUUUAAUAUGCGUGUGCGAGAGAGAGAGAGAGAGGGCGGGCGCGUGAGUUAAACAAUUUGAGCAGUGCUCUCUUGUACAGCUUGAGAAGGAGAUGCGGUCAAACAGUAAACUAAAAAAUAAAAUCUUAUAACUUAAAAUAACAAAUAAAACAGUGGAAAGAGAGAGAGAGGUUUUUGGAGUGCUCAAAGUUUUUGCAACAGGAGGUAUCACAGUAGCAGGGGUGUGUAAAACCGAGAGUAGAGAGAGAGAGAGAGAAAAUGGAGGUAAAAGAGUUUUCUAAUAAUCACACCACCGACACACACACAUAGAACUCUCAAUCAAAUUACACCAAAAAACCGAAUCGUCCUCAAUACGAAUGAGUAUAGGUAGCAGGCGGGGGAAGCAGCAGUUCAGAUGGGAGAACGAGGGGAAAAAAACGCGUUGAAAAAUGAUGCUAAUUCUAUAUAUUUAUAAUAUAGCGUGUGUGUGUGUACACAUCAUUCAAAUCAAGCAAAUUACACGCCAUUAGGGACCCUCCCCCCAGAAAUCUUGGCAGAGGAUUAUGUUUUUCUUGUUUUACGUACAGCAGAACCUCUAAUCCAAUUUUAGUUCUAGUUUAAAUCAAUUAUUAAAACCACCACAAACACACACACACACAGCACCGGUUGCUGCUGGUGAUCUAGUAGCACUAGUAGUGGUGGUAGUAGUAGUAAUAGAGCGACUCCGAUCACAGCGCCACCGCACGGUCGGUGAUCGAAGUAGGAAGCGGUUUAUUUCCUUGUGUAAAGAAGAUUCACCAAUAAUUCGGUUUUGUUUCGAGUGAGAACACGCGAAUUGGCAAUAUGUGUAAUAUAGUGCGCUAAAAAUUAAUUCUUAGUAAUAAUAACACGGUUAAA